AUAAUAAAACAUUAUGUCACAGGGUGACCUGUAUCUGUGUUCUGAGCACAGCAAAGGACACACACGUGAAUGAAUGAGGUUAUUGUUAACUAUAGAAUGCCCGAAUGGCAGAAACGGCAGCAUUUUCUUUGAGCUGCAGCUGAAUCUUACAGUGUAUACAUACGGCGUUGAACGAAAAUGGGGACUUUACCGAAAUAUUUCUUACUCGUGCUCCUCGUUUCCAAUGGUUUACUGCUUACACAAUGUCGGUCCAGCAAUCGUACUGCCGACUAUUUAUUGAAGAUUCAAAAGGAGUUUGAGAAAUAUUCAAUCAACUCAACAGAAGAGCUUCUCGUUUCUCGUAAUGUCGACAAGGUCGGAUCCAACUUUGAUUGCCCAGCAUCCGUUUCACCGACAGUACCAAAAUCUGUCCAUUUACUGCGGCCUGGAGACAUCAAGGUCGUCGGUGCUAUAGGUGAUUCUUUGACGGCGGCGUAUGCAGCGGGUGCUAGCUCCUUUUCACCGCUCAAUUUCGAGUACCCCGGGGAAGCAGCCAGUAUUGGCGGCGAUAAGACGUUAGAGGAGAUAAUUACACUUCCUAAUAUAUUCCGAAAGUAUAAUUCUCACCUGUAUGGCUAUUCGACUGGACUCUCAGUGCCCUUUACCCAACCAUUCAACAAAAGAUUCAAUCUUGCUAUCAGUGGUUCUUAUGCGUCGGAAAUGCCGGAACAGGCUCGAAAUCUGGUCAGAUCGAUGAAGAACGAUCCGACAGUCGACUUUGAGAACGAUUGGAAGUUCAUUACGGUAUUUAUUGGCGGGAACGACUUAUGCAGUGGAUGCCUCUACGUAGAAAGCUCUACGGAGCAGUACAUCAAAUUCCUGGAAAAGGCCAUCCAAAUAUUACACGAUGAGUGCCCCAGGACAUUCGUCAAUGUGGUUGGAAUAAUGCAAGCUGGUCAAGUUAUGGAGCUGCAAGGUCCAUUGAUAUGUAACUUAGUGACCAGUGCGUUUUGCCCCUGUGCACUGGGAGGGACAAUUCCACAACAUUUCGUGUACCUCAAGGCCAGGGAGUACCAGCGACUUCUACGCACCUCAAUCGAGAGUGGGAAGUAUGAUGAUAAAGAUGAUUUUGCAGCCGUUUACCAAUCUUUCUUGGAAGAUUCAGAGAUACCUAGACUGCCGAAUGGCGAUGUCGAUCGUUCAUUCUUUACCCCAGAGUGUUUUCAUCUUAGUCAGAAGGGUCAGGCUGCUCAGUCCACGGCUAACUGGAACAACUUGUUUGAACCCGUCGGAUCUAAGGAUACCUCAUACGACACAAAAGAAACCAUCAACUGCCCUUCCCAGGACUUUCCCUACCUCUACACCAACGUCAACAGCAAACCAGGAUUCCUUGCCAAGAUUCAAAUAUCGUCCGUGGUCGACAACCAGAUACCUAAGACCAAUACGACGUCGAUGUCGAGACAGCCAAGUGACCACGACAUCAACACUAUACUACGGAGGCUUCCGUGAUCGCAUAACCAUCAUGGAGUUGACCCCUUGGCCUCUAUCAAGUAUAUGGAUAGGCGCUUAUUAACCAGUGGUGUUUUUUAAAAAGAGAUGAUAUAUUUUGUAUUUUUAAUUUUAUAUUUGAUUUCAUGGCCAGUAAAAGUUUCUUUGUGUAACAAUAGAAAGUGGACCAAAGAUUAAAAACAAAGAAACGUUGUUCUACAUUACAGUACUUUGAAUGCAUUGAAAAUGAUUGUCUUUAGACCAGAUUUAGUUGUUGUUGUAGUUGUUAUUUUGUUGUUGUUUUACAAUUUCUUAUGGACAGUGGGGAAAAUUUUAAACAAUAUCUAAUUGAUGUAUUGGACAUGACCACUUCUGCAAAAAUGUGAUUGCAGACGAUAUAUAUUAAGUAUUUGUGUGGUUCACCAUUGGUUUUUGUAUAUAUUUCAUAAUUUUGUUUGCCCGGGGGUUUUGGUUUUUUUUCUUCUCGAUGGCCUAACGAAUUUGAAACCCAUUCGAUCCGUUUACCUUGAUAUGGGGAAAGGACAUGUCCCGAUUUAUGAAUCCCUUCAUUUCGUUAAAUCACGUGUAAUUAUGUUUAAAAAAAAAAAUAAUUACACGUGCUUUAACGAAAUGAUGUGAUAUUAAUGUUUUAUAUGUUAACAUGUAUCUUAUCAUAAUCUUAUACUCCAGUCAAACCGACGAGGUACUAUUAACUGACCCCCCCCCCAAAAAAAAAAAGAAUGGGGUCGAUCUUUCAGUGUGACAGGGAUUGGUGCUACGCCAUCACAGGACAGUCGAUGUCGGAGUUUAGAUUGCCUUAAAACGAAUGGCUCAUAAUUUAAUGUUCAGUUGUGUCAAGCAAUAUUUAAAAAAACUUUUUAUCUAAAAACAAUUCGAAGACCCUACAAAAGAGUAGGUCAUAUAUUAUGUUCAGUUUCGUGGUUUCGGGAGUCGUAAAAACAAAGACGCGUAUACCCUUUUUAAAGCUUUUUUAAUGGUUUUAAUGAUAAACACCGAUCUCAAUAAAACACAAAUCAGCAUUCAUUUUAAAGAUAGAUAAUAAUAAUUAUUUUGCAUAUUUCUGUUAGUAGUCCAGAAAUGUAAUGAAUUAACAUAAAACCGCUAUGUAUAUUCUUCUUUGUUUAAAGCAAAACUGAGUCCUGACGAUUAUAGAAUUUUAACCCCUAAUUUGCGAGAUGUGUACUGUUUCGAUAGAUGAUUUUAGUGGAUAAAUAAAUCUUCAUGACUAAAAGUUAGUAUAAGCUACUUAAUCCUUUUUCACUUGAACUCGUAUUUUUUGCACGGUUGCCUGGGAAAGAAAAGUGAAAACAAAUUGGUCAUGUAUAGGCCUAUAAAUCAUUAUUAUUGUCAGUAACAGGUUGUUACAUCUCAGGUGAUUUUCGAUAUGAUUUGUUACCCGCGUGAAUCUUUUAGACGGAAAAGAAAGUUAUGGAGCGAAUUCUUUGCGACAAUCCUUAACAGUGUAUAGUUGUUUUAAUGACUGUUUUAUGACUUCCUUCCUGAAGAGCAAUAUAGAGUAGUCAUGUUGAAAUGCGUUCAUUUUUGUUUCCUCUGGGUUGACACGUAUAAUAUAUGAAAUUUGUAACGUUAUCGUAAACAAAGAAGGUCGUAUUUGAUAUAACCUGUUGAGUUUUUAAAUACUAGCCUUUGAACUAUUUUAUUUUGCACAUUGUACCUUAACUGAAUAAAAGGAAAUAUAUUUGGGAAACUAUAA